CACACACACUCUCUCUCUCUCUCUUACUCUCUCUUUUCUCAAAAUGGCAUCGGUGCCAGUAUACUGCUUGUGUCGCCUGCCAUAUGAUGUGACACGCUUCAUGAUUGAGUGUGACAUUUGCCAAGACUGGUUCCAUGGAAGCUGCGUUGGUGUAGAGGAGGACAAAGCAGCUGAAAUUGACCUGUACCACUGUCCCAACUGUCAGGUCACCCAUGGGCCAUCUGUCAUGCGCAAACGUCGUGGCAGCAAUAAGCAGACAGAUGGUGGUGCUGCAGGAGGAAGAGAUCCAAGUCGGCCCGUUAAGACAGGCAGUCCACAGUUUGUUAGGGAGCUGCGAUGCCGCACCUUCCCAAGUGCGGAUGAAGUCUUGCUAAAGCCAUCUGGGGCCCAGCUGACAGUGGAGUUUCUUGAAGAGCAUUCAUUCAGUGUUCCUGUCAUGGUUCUGAGGCGGGAUGGUCUAGGCAUGACCCUUCCUCCAUCAUCAUUCAGUGUCAGUGAUGUAGAGCACUACAUCGGUGCAGACAAAGAGAUUGAUGUGAUUGAUGUAUCUCGCCAAUGUGACUUGAAGAUGCGGUUGGGAGACUUUGUUGAAUACUACAACAGCCCCAACAGAGACAGAGUGCUCAAUGUCAUCAGCCUAGAGUUUUCUGAGACCAGGCUCUCAAACUUGGUGGAGACGCCAAAGAUUGUGAGGAAACUGUCAUGGGUGGAAAACCUCUGGCCUGAAGAGUCUGUGUUUGAACGCCCAAAUGUGCAGAAGUACUGCCUAAUGGGAGUGAAGGAUAGCUACACAGACUUCCACAUUGACUUUGGAGGCACCUCAGUAUGGUACCAUGUCCUGAGGGGCGAGAAAAUCUUCUACCUGAUUUCCCCCACCCCAGCCAACCUGGCACUUUUUGAGCGGUGGAGUUCUUCAUCUAACCAGAAUGAAAUGUUCUUUGGUGACCAGGUUGAUAUGUGUUACAAAUGCUCAGUAAAACAAGGAAACACCUUGUUCAUACCAACAGGGUGGAUUCAUGCUGUCCUGACUCCAGUGGACUGCCUGGCCUUUGGAGGAAACUUCUUGCAUAGUCUCAACAUUGACAUGCAGCUGCGAGCAUAUGAAAUAGAGAAGAGAUUGAGCACAGCAGACUUGUUCAGAUUUCCCAACUUUGAGACUGUGUGCUGGUAUGUUGGAAAGCAUCUUCUUGAUACCUUCAGAGGUUUGCGAGAAAAUCGCAGACACCCUGCCACUUAUCUGGUUCAUGGAGCUAAGGCCCUGAACAAUGCUUUCCGCAGCUGGACCCGUAAAGAGGCUUUAGCAGAGCAUGAAGUGGAGAUUCCAGAAACCAUCAAUACUCAGACCCUAGUGAAGGACCUGGCCAAGGAGAUUCGUCUGGUUGAGGACAUCUUCCAGCAAAACAUUGGCCGCACUGGACCUCAGUUUCCUGGUUCGCCACUCUCUAAAGCUCCCCUAACCACCUCUCAGAAUUCAGGGCGCCCCCCUGGAAAAAAGAAAGGACCCAAGCCCAAAGAAGUGAUUGGGGGUCUCGGGCCCCCCGGAACCAAGAAGAAGAGUCAAAAGGGGCUACUUAAAGCAGAAGCAGGAGAACUUGACCUCAUUGAGAUUCACACCAAACAUACACUCAAGAAAUUUCAACCUGGCAAGUCCAAAAACAAGAACAAGUUGGAGUUGCCAUUAGAAGAGUUUGAAGGGAAGCUAAAUAAAAGCAAACUGAAACUUGUGUUGACCAAUGGAAAAAUCCAAGGUAAGAAGGAGGGCAGCAGUAAUGGCGCAGGAAGUGCUGGAAACUACAAACAUCUUGCCAUGGAGGGAUCCAGUCUGUCUGACCUGGAGUCUGAGGAUGAGCUGCAGAUUGACGAGACCCCCCCUCCGCGACGCAAACCUGCAGGAGCUAGCAAGAAAAAGAAACUAAGUGGUCUUCCUAGAAAGCUGCCCAGAGCCAAACCCUGCUCUGACCCAAAUCGCAUCAGAGAGCCAGGAGAGGUAGACUUUGACAUUGAGGAGGAUUACACCACAGACGAAGAGGCACUGGCUGCCCAUGGAGUGAAGGGUGGCGCGGGGGGCAUUCUGGAUUUAUUGAAGGCCAGCAAGCAAGUGGCAGGCUUGGACUCUGCAACACUUAGUGAGGAAGCCCCGGCCUCUCCCAGUACUCGUGAUGCCAUUCAGGGUAUGCUCUCCAUGGCCAACCCUCCUUCUUCGUCCUCAUCUUCAUCGUCUUCAUCUCCCUUAUCUAUCUCUGGGGGCCUGACAGAGGGACUAGGGGUGGUCAAGGAAAAGGGUGGCAAGGCUGUGUGGGUGACUGGAGGGGUCAAAAAGACAGGGAGUCCUGAGAAGAAACCUGUCAUCCAGCGGCCUGGGAAACGGCCCAUUAAACGGCCAGCCCGUCACUUUAGUGAUGAGGAGAGUCCAGAUGAGCAAGAGACUCUGGGAACCUGCUUUAAAGAUUCGGACUACGUUUACCCAUCCUUGGAGUCUGAUGAGGAGGACCAUGCUAACAAGGCCAAGAUGAAGCGCAAGAAAAACUGGGAUGACACACCUUGGAGUCCGAAAGCCAGGGUGAUGCCCACCCUUCCCAAACAGGAAAGGCCAGCCAGGGAAGGGGCUAGAGUUGCAUCUGUAGAAACUGGUCUUGCAGCAGCUGCUGCCAAGUUGGCACAACAAGAGCAGCAAAAGCCUGCUAAAAGGAAGUACACCAAAAAGCAGCGUCCUCCCCCUGCUGUAGUCACUCCACCCCCUGUUCAGACUGAGCCAGCCCCACCCUCCCCACCACCUGCUCCAGAGCCUGCAGCAGACUUCAGCCCAGACAGGAAGAUGGAUUACUACUCUGCUAGUCUCUUGGACCAUGAAUACACAGCAGGACCAGGACCUUUUGGUCCUGGAGGCCCUAGAGGUAGCGGAGCAAUGGCCCCUGGUGUAUUCCUCACUUCACGCCGACCUUCCCUGUCGCCGCAGAACAGCAGCUCUCACUCUGGUGCAUCCCCUGCAGGUUUAGCCAGCCAAGGCACAACAGGAGUUGGUCAAGGGAAACGUCCAAAGAAAGGACUUGCAACUGCAAAACAGAGACUUGGAAAAAUUCUGAAAAUUCACCGCAAUGGCAAACUUCUCUUGUGAGAGAUGUCUGAAAUGUUGCUGAAGACUUAAAUGAGAAUGAAGAAAAAGGAUUUUGUGAAAGUAGGUCUGAAGGAAACGGAGAUAAUAAUCUAUAUUUUGUACUCUAGAUAAAUUUUUACUGUUUUCACCUGUCAUUGAACCUCACUAUAUCUUAUCCUUCACCAGGUAUUCUGCCCAGUUAAUUAGCUGCCUGUUUUGGCCCUCCAUUUAUCUAUAUCUGCAUAAAGGUAUUUUCAGAGGCACAUCUGUGACUUUAAAGAAAUCACUGUAAUGUUUUAGAUAAACACUUACUGUGGUAAUUAACUCUAAAUGAUCACAUAUUUGUCAUUUGACAAUAGGAAAUCGUGGAAAAAUGACAGGUGGACACUGAUUUAACUAGCUAGACUAACUAGCAUAAUAAAUAAACAAAGCCUAUUUUUUUCCUUUUUUUGUUUAUAUUUUGCUAUUUUUAGUGGCUGUAUUUAUGCAAAAAAAAAUUGUACUGUCCAUCAUAAUUUUUUUAAAAGGGAAAGAAAACACAUUUUAUAGUCAGGUAAAAUGUAAUGUCUGUAUAGUCCCCAAUCCCACGAAAACAAUGACACACACACAGAGUCAUGCAGUUGUAAUAUUGUAUUUAGUUGUCUUUUUACCUCAUUUUUACCUCAUAAAAUCUUGUGUGGUAUGAUAAUUACAGCAUGCCAAUCUUUACACACAAACAGUUUUGCAAAAAUCCAGUGUAUGCACAUGGUCAGCACCAAGUAUGCCACAUUUAUUAAUUUUAUGAAUUUGUCACUAAUGUUUUUAUAACUCAUUUUCCUCCAUAUACUGUAGCUCUACACAUAAAAUAGAAAGUGCUAAACUGAUGCCAAGAGUAACAUACAGUUCUAUUUAUUCUGAUCAUAUUUAUUUAACAAGGCAAAGUUUUGCUAUCUCUUAUCCUAUUAUCCUAUUGUAGUACAUUUUUACAACCUCAUCUUCUUGGUCCCUACUUAAUAUUUUCAACCACUCAAUACCUGUACAAAAAUGUUAUCCAUGGCUUUGUUAGUUUUUUUUUUUUUUUUUUUUUUUUUUUUUACAGUUUAAGUUGUCAUUGUAAAUAUUUGUAAUAUUUGUAAUUAUGUAGCUACAUUGGAAAAGCAGAAAAAUAUUUUAAGUUGAAGAGCCUAGUUUCCUGCAGGUUGCCAUAAUCCAUUCCCCAAGUGUUAGCAGCAUUCUUGGGCCAGAUGUAGAGACAUGCUUUCUUUCCACAGAAUGUACUAGUGAUACAAUGUUGACAGAAAUGUAGAUUUAACUGUGUGAAACCAUUGUGAAGGAGCAGGAUAUUAAUUCAUAUGUAAAUAUAUGUUGUAAUUUAAUUUCUUUUAUAGUUCAAAAACUUUGAAACUUUCUUAACAUAACUUGUACAUGAUACAUUGCUGUAUUUGGAAAAUAUGUGAAAUAGUUCUUUUUUUUUUAUAUUUGUAUGCAGUAAUUGUCAUGCUUAGUUUGUCAUGUUGUCUUGUUAGUAUAAUAUUGGAAGUGUGCUGGAAAAAAAUGCCCAUGUUAAAUUUCAUCCAUUUAGUUUGGUAUUAAUUAGUGUUGAUAUUCACUCUUGUGUUGGUGUGUAUUGUGUGUUUUAAACAUGAUGUGUUUAAAUACGACCUGGAAAAGAUAAAAUAUACCUUGGGCAAAAUUUCUUUUUUCAUUGAAUUUAUUUGAGGUUCACCAUAUCACCAAAGGUGUGACUUGGGGGCCAUAUCAAUGGUUUUCUGUUUACUAUACUUGAGUCUACUGGAGAGCUCAGUUUUCAUUAACUUCACCAAUAUUCUGUUUUGGAAAUUCAUUAUGACACUUCAAGGAAUGUUGCGUUGUAUUAAACACAUCUAGACUGAAUUAUUUCUUGCAAUGAAAGUACAAUUUGAUGCUUUGUGGUAGAUACAAGAAAAUAAUAAGCCACUCUAGAUACUACUUUUGAAUGAUAACUGGUGACUAAAGUUUUUCUCAGGGUUUUUUUGUUUGUAUGAAUUACUAUACUAUUAUUUUCAAAUAUAAACCAUCUAAAGAUAAUUUUACAUUGCUAUAUUUUAAAUACCAUUCAAAUAGGGGAUAAAUGCGUUUGUUAUUAAAAUGUAAAAAUAAAAAUUUCCUAAAUGUCA